AUGCCUCCCACCACAUCGGCGCUGAUGCGCCUACCUCGCGCCGCUUCCCAGACCUCGCCAAUUGGUCUCCUCAAGGCCUCCCCGAUAUGCAGACGACAGUUUGUCUCCUCUCAGAGGCGUACCUUCGCUAAUUUGCCCCAACGAUCACGAACAACCCGGACACCUCUCGCGAACUCCUUCUUCAAUGCCCAUGGUCUGCCCAAGGGUACAGCUUUUCGAUCCGUCUCAGGCACAACUCCUUCCCCCCCACCCAGGUCACGAAUUAUCCGCUUUGUGUAUCGCAGCGCAGUAUGGCUCGGCAGUGGUGUUAUCUUCGUCGGCUUGGGCGUGGUUGCCUUCUUCAUCUACGACGCCUCCACCUACAAAGAACACCCCGAUCACGGCGAGAUCAAAGUAUCCGAGCUGGCUUUGAACCCAAAGAUAGGCGGCCCUAAAAAUUUGCCAAUCGCUGAAGUUUUGAUCGACGACCUGGACAACGAAAACAUGAAGUCGGCAAAGGACAAACCAAAGUUGGUCAUUCUGGGCGGCGGAUGGGGCGGCGUAGCCCUCCUCAAAGAACUCAACCCGGACGAGUAUCACGUCACCGUCAUCUCUCCGACCAACUACUUCCUGUUUACCCCUAUGCUUCCGUCUGCCACUGUAGGAACUCUGGAGCUCAGAUCUCUGGUUGAGCCUGUCCGUCGAAUCCUUGCGCGUGUACACGGUCACUUCAUCCGCGCAAAGGCCGAGGACGUGGAGUUUUCCCACAAGCUGAUUGAAUGCUCUCAACCCGAUGCCUUUGGUAACGAAGUCCGUUUCUACGUCCCGUACGACAAGCUGGUUAUUGCUGUUGGAUCGACCACGAACCCACACGGUGUCAAGGGACUCGAGAACGCUCACUUCCUCAAGGAUAUCAGCGAUGCGCGCAAGGUUCGGAACCAGGUCAUGCAUAACCUCGAGCAGGCCUGCCUGCCUACGACUGCUGAUGACGAGCGCAAGCGUCUCCUGUCCUUUGUCGUCAGCGGGGGUGGCCCUACCGGUGUCGAAUUCGCCGCCGAGUUAUUCGAUAUGCUUAACGAAGACUUGACGCAGCACUUCCCCAAGCUUCUCCGCAACGAGAUCUCCGUCCAUUUGAUCCAGAGUCGCAGUCACAUCCUCAACACCUACGAUGAAGCCGUCUCCAAGUACGCCGAGGAGCACUUUGCCCGCGACCAGGUUGACAUUCUCACAAACUCCCGCGUCAAGGAAGUUCUCCCCGACAAAAUUGUCUUUACUCAGAAGCAACCUGAUGGAUCUCUCGUCACCAAGGAACUCCCCAUGGGCUUCUGCCUCUGGUCAACCGGUGUCGCCCAAGCCGACCUCUGCAAGCGCCUGUCCGCCAAACUUGGUCCCUCGCAGACGAACCGCCACGCCCUCGAAACCGAUACGCAUCUCCGCCUCAACGGCACACCCUUAGGCGAUGUCUAUGCCAUUGGCGACUGCUCAACGGUACAGAACAAUGUGGCCGACCACAUCAUUACGUUCCUUCGCGGCAUUGCUUUCAAGCGGGGCAAGGACCCCGAAACCCUGGAGUUGCAUUUCAGUGAUUGGCGUGACGUGGCCAACGACGUCAAGAAGCGCUUCCCACAGGCCGUCGGCCACUUGAAGCGCCUCGACAAGCUGUUUGAGCAGUUCGACAAGGACCAGUCUGGCACCCUCGACUUUGGCGAGCUCCGAGAGCUGCUGAAGCAGAUCGACUCCAAGCUCACCUCGCUCCCCGCCACCGCUCAGCGCGCCCACCAGCAGGGCCAGUACCUCGCGCACAAGUUCAACAAGUUGGCGCGCACCUCAGAUGGCCUGAAGGCGAACAUGGUCCUUGAUGGCGACAUCGAUUCCGUUGUGUAUAAGGCUUUCGUGUAUCGCCAUCUCGGCAGCUUGGCGUACAUUGGUAACUCGGCUGUCUUCGAUUGGGGCGAAGGAUGGAACUUUGCUGGUGGCUUAUGGGCUGUCUACAUGUGGCGGUCCGUCUACUUCGCCCAGAGCGUUAGCUUGAGGACGCGCAUUUUACUUGCUAUGGACUGGGCCAAGCGUGGUCUCUUUGGAAGAGACUUGAUGAGCUAUUAG